AUGAAUUGGUGGAAUAAUGAAGAACAUAAUCGAUCGAGUUUGAUUGAAGAAUUGGCAUUUGUCUUGGGUGAAAUGAUCUUUCCGUUGAAUAAAUUUACACGUCGACGAGCAGCUCUUCGUGGUUCAUCAGUUGACAUGCCCGGUUUGAUCAAAGCGAUCAACACUGAAUGGACUCACAAGAAAAUCUUCAGUGCCAAAGAAGCAGGACCAAAACGAGAUCAUGCACUUUGUUUCGUACUCGAUGUAUCAGCAUCUAUGUUUGGUAGUAUGGCCAAUGGUUUGAAAGAUUCUCUUGUUGUCGUAAUAGGAGCUUGUCGACGAUUAGAAUUGGAUAAUUUUAGUGUGAUUGUGUUUGGCAAAAAUGUUCGAUUAAUCAAAACACACGAACAAUCAUGGGAUGCUUCGAUUAUUUUGACAUUGAUAGAACAACUCUAUUUCGAUAUUGAUGAUAACACUCGAGAUGCUCAUGCAAUUGAAGUGGCUAUUGAUCUUCUCUUGAACACUUCUACACGAGGUGAGAGAAAGAUUUUUCUGUUCACUGAUGGCUAUGGUCACUGUGGUGAACAUUUACCGAUGGUUCAGCAACGAGCUGAAGAUGCUUGUAUCGAUUUGGUAGCAAUUGCUGUUGGUUUCGAUCGAGUCAAUUUGUCGAAUUCAUACAAACGUUAUGUUUACUGUCAUUCUGCUCUGACACUACCUAAAUUGCUACGUGCUCUCUUCGAAAAUGAAGCUGUCGCACAAUCGAUGGAUUGGAUUUCAGGAGCCAUAAAAGCGUCAGAUCAACAAAAUUACGAGGAACUUAAUGAUGACGACUCGAAUGUCGAACCAAAAACGUUCUAUCAACAUUUUAGGGAAAAUAAAAUGUUUGAUUCAAUUAAAAACUUAACUAAUGAACGAGAACAAGCGUUGGAACAGACAAGUACAACCAAUAUUUCAUUCGAUAUUUGCUUUUGUCUGGAUUGUACCGGUAGUAUGGUUGGCUGGCUGCCACAUAUAAAAAAAGAGAUGAAGUUUCGCUUUGCCAUUGUCGCCUAUCGGGACAUAUCCGAUGAGCCACGAUUUGAAACUCAACCGUUCACUGAUAAUGUCGAUCAAAUUACGACUUUUCUUAACCCACUGAAAGCUUUUGGUGGUCAAGAUCUUCCUGAAGAUGCGUUGGGUGCUCUUGAUGAAUGCGCGAAUUUGACCGAUUGGAAUUCACAAGCAAACGGUCGAGUCAUUAUUUUGAUUAUCGAUGCACCGGGACAUGGACGCGACUUAAAUAAUUAUAACAACGAUGCCCAUCCAAAUGGGAUUGAUUCGCAAACAAUUGGUAUGUUGUGCGAUAAACUUCAAACGAAAAAUGCCGAAAUUAGUUUGAUACUCUGCACGCUCAAUCCAUCGGCAACACUGAAAAUGCAACGAGCAUUUGAAAGUUACUAUCAACAAAGCAUACAAUGGGACAUCACCAAUGCGUUCAGUGUCGUCAAUCUCGUUGAUCCGGACGAAUCCAACUCCCAUUCUUUCUUCCACUUUGUUUUUGUUCUCGAUGAGUCUACUUCAAUGCAGAAUGAGUCUUGGGCCGAUCUUCUGCGAGCUUACCAACGAUUUUUAACGCAACGCCACAAUGAUCAGGGUAGUAUAGAUCUUUUCUCCGUCGUUCAAUUUUCGACGGACGCACGAAUUGUCUAUCAAUCGAAAUUCUUAUCUGAAAUCAUGUCUCGUGAAUUGACAUGGAAACGUGGCAAUACGAACUAUCUAGCUGGUUUGACACUUGCCGAUAGUAUUAUUGCUCAAGAUCGGUCGAAUUCUUCGGUGAUAAUGAUAUUCAUGUCCGAUGGUCUUGACCAAGGAUUGAAUCCAAUACCAAAAAUAAACGAACUUCGUCUUAAGUACAGUAGCAAUCAUAGAUUUGUGUGUCACACAGUAGGUUUCGGAGCUGAAAUGCGAUCGGAAACAGGAGCACGGAAUCUUCUAAGACAAAUCGCUACGGUUGGUGUUGGUCAAAUGUAUACGGCAUUGGACGGUUUGCAACUGCAGCAAGUUUUCGGUGAAAUUGCCCAAGGAUGUACCAUUGUCAGUGACACUCUUGUGAAACGAUUCGUCGAAAUACUGAGUGAAAAAAUCAGUAUGAAACUCUUGUUGGACUUUUUAUGA